GUCGCUUCCCCUCCCGAAGGUUUCUCCCGACGCCCCUGGACGCCAUCCUGCCAUGGCCCUGGCGGCUGCGAAGUCCUCGGGGAUCCGGAACGACGUGCUGCUGCCGGACGCGGUGCGGGACUAUGUGGCGGAGCAUAAGCUCGAGAAGGUGGUGACCUCGGCGCUGAACCUGGUGAUUGCGCAGAUGCCGGAGGACCCCUACGCGCGCCUGGCGGAGGAGCUCUCGAAGAGCAGCACCGCUGCCCCCCGCUUCGUCACGCUGCGCCCGGACGCUGCCGCGCCCAGGAGCCUUUUGCGCUUCCAUGUGGUUGUCGCCAGCCGCGGCGUCAACAUCCGCAUCCACAGACUAGACCUGACAGAGGCCUUGCAGAAAGAUGACCGCAGGGAGAAGUGGGUCGGCUUCCUCCAGGAGUUCUUUGCCCAGUCGUUCGGGAGCCUCCACGUGGAUGGCUUCUUAGAGAUCCACGAGCGAUGUACGAUGAAGGACCCCCCGCAGGAGGUGGACCAGGAAGUGGUGACGCUGGCGCUGACGAAUCAGCUGCUGGAGGCCGCCGCGGCAGCCAUGAACUUGGACGUCUUGGGCUUCUUGCAACACGUGCUGCAGAAGGUGGGCUGCGAGGCCUCCCCGCCCCUGGUCACGCGAGGCGACCUCCAGCUUUGGCGUGAGCGCUGGCCGCGGCUGGCGGCCCCCAUCUUCCACGGGGGCGCGGCCAGCGGCUGCUGCGCGCCGCUGAAGCUCGCCGUGGCGCUGCCGGCGCAGGCGGCGGCCGGCGCGGACCCGGAGGAUCUGCGGGGCUGGCUGCCCCGGGUCACGGAGGCGCUGAAGGCGGUCAAGGCGGAGGCAGUGCGGGGACUGCAGGCGGACAAAACCACCGCGAGUUUGGUGGUGGAGGGAACAGCCCACGCUCUGCCGGCCGGCAUCGCGGCCACUGUCCAGGCGCUGCGAAAGGCGGUGGAGGCCGCGGGGGAGCCCGCGAAGGGCGGCUCCGGGGUGCUGAUGGCCUACGCGGACGAGGCCUGGAGGGAGGAGGAGCAAGCCUACGAGCUGGAGGCGGGCAAGGCCAAGACUUUGGAGGAGCUCGUGGACUUCUACGCGGAGCUCACCGAGGAUGGGUGGAUCGCCACCUUGGUCAACCCCUUCCGCUCUGCGGACGCCCAAGCGGGGUGCGAGCUGCUGAAGGCGCAGCGCCCGGAGCUGAAGCUGCUCUCGGACUUCGGGGCCGAGAUCCCGGAGCCCGCGGAGGACGUGGCCUUCGGGUGCUUCUGGCGGCCACCGUGUGGCUCGCUGCCCUUGACGCUGCGGCAGUUCGCAGAGCAGAGCGGCUGGUGGGAGGAGGGCUGGCAGGCGGCAGCUCUGGAGGCCCCCAGCGCGCAGAAAGCGCCGGCGCUGCUGGAGGCGCUCAUGGCCUGCUCCGUGCAGCUCCUCUACGUGCCGGAGGAGCUUCCGGCGGAGCUGCUGGAGCAGCUGUCCUCCCGUCAGGACGAGCUGCUGCAGCGGGUCCUGCUGACGUCUUCGGAAGCGCCGGAGGCGCCCGAAACGGCGGAGGCGUUUCCGGCGGAGGCGGAGGCGGAGUAGGUUUCACCCCGUUGGAGAGAGGUCUGCAUGAGGCUCAUGGCCAGAAUCUCAUCGGAAGUUGCCAACGGGCCGAGUUGCCAAUCGCCGGGUCCAUCAAUGGAUCCAUUGCCCAAGACGGGCAAGGUUGGUUCAAAUCCGUGGAGAUGUGCGUGGAUGAGGGGCAUGCCGC